GUCAACCCCGAGCAGUUCAUGAACAUCAGCCAGAUAAUCCGUUUCCACGGAUAUCCCAGCGAGGAGCACCAAGUCCUGACGGAUGAUGGCUACUUCCUGACGGUGAACCGGAUUCCUGGUGGCAGAGAGGAGGCUGGAAGCAGAGGAUCCAGGUUACCUGUGUUGCUCCAGCAUGGCUUGGUUUUAGAUGGUAGCAAUUGGGUUGCCAAUUUCCCCAACAACAGCCUGGGCUUCAUCCUCGCAGACGCAGGGUACGACGUCUGGAUCGCAAACAGCCGGGGCAACAGCUGGUCCCGCCGGCACCUGAACCUUUCUGUCGACCAAGAGGAGUUUUGGGAUUUCAGCUUCCAUGAGAUGGCCAUGUACGACCUCCCUGCCAUGGUGGGCUUCAUCCUAAGGCAAACCGGGCAGGAGAAACUGUUCUACGUCGGCCACGCUCAGGGCAACUCUCUGGGUUUCAUAGCGUUUUCGAGCAUGCCACAGCUGGCUGAGAAAAUCAAAAUGUUCUUUGUGGUGGGUCCUCUCUACACUUUUUGUACGAGUAAAGGUCCGGUAGCAAGUAUUUUAUAUCUCCCUGAUGUAAUGAUUAAGGUGAUUUUCGGGAGGAAAGAAGCAGCUCUGCUGGCACGGGAGCCGAGAGCGGCGGUGGCCAGGGCGUGCAACUGCUGGCUGCUCAACAGGCUCUGCACAGACGGGCUUUUCCUCGUUGGAGGAUUUAACCGGAAGAACUUGAACAUGAGCCGAACAGACGUGUACUUAUCGCAUUUCCCGGACUACACAUCCACUAAAAACUUCCUCCACUGGGGCCAGACUGCCAAAACCGGGGAGUUCAAGCAGUUUGACUACGGGGAGAAGAACCAGGAGAAGUACAACCAGACUUCGCCGCCCUUUUACAGACUAGAAGACAUGACGGUGCCGACCGCCGUGUGGAGCGGUGGGGAGGACUGGAUUACCUCUCCUGCGGAGACCCAGCGCCUGCUCUCCCGCAUCACCAACCUCGUUCAUCACGAGCACUUCCCCGACUGGACCCACUGGGAUCACAUCUGGGGCCUGGACGCCCCUCAGCGCAUGUACAGGCAGAUGGUCGCUCUGAUGGAGCAAGAUCCAUGA